AUGUCAUCCCCAACAACAUCUUCCUCCCUCUAUCCAAUCCAUCUAUUGAUGGAUGAACUCAAGUCUGAAGAUGUUGUCCUAAGAUUAUCAUCCAUCCGAAGGUUAUCUACUAUCGCUUUGGCAUUGGGACCUCAACGUACGAGAGAAGAACUCAUACCAUUCUUACAAGAUCAGUUGGACGACGAGGAUGAAGUUCUCUUGGUCCUCGCUGAGGAACUGGGCAAUUUCGCAGAGUACGUAGGUGGGAAUGAAUACGCUUGGGUCGUUUUGGGUCCGUUGGAGAAUCUGGCUGCGGUUGAGGAGACUUUGGUCAGAGAUAAAGCCGCCGAAUCAAUCUCCAAGCUCUCCACACUCCUCAACGCUUCACAAAUCGAAGAACACCUCUUACCCCUCCUCCAGCGACUCUCACAAGGCGAUUGGUUCACCUCUCGAACUUCCGCCUGUGCCCUGUACGCUGCUCCUUACCCUAUCGCGUCCACUGGUGUACAAGAAGAGAUGAGAAAGUUGUUCGCGGCGUUGACGACCGAUGAGACGCCCAUGGUCAGACGAGCGGCUGCCAAGGCUUUAGGACCCUUCGCCAAGUCCGUCGCAGAAGUGCCCGACCAACAUUCAAUCUUGAUCUCCGAUAUCAUCCCCCUUUAUCGAAAAUUAGCAGGUGACGACCAAGAUUCUGUCCGACUCCUCACCAUCCCCGAUUUGAUCGCUAUUGCAGCUGCACUCAACCCCGAGGAAGUCAAGGAACACAUCCUUGAACCUCUCCGAUCUAGCGUGACGGAUAAAUCAUGGAGAGUCAGAUAUAUGGUUGCGAAUGAGUUUGUCGGUCUCGCUGAGGGUGUGGGAGAAUCGAUCAUCAGAGAGGAAUUGGUCAAUGCCUUUGUAGGGUUGUUGAAGGACAAUGAAGCGGAGGUUAGAACUGCUGCUGCUGGACAGAUUCCUGGCUUUGCCAAACUUGUCGACAAAGAAGUCAUCCUUGCCAAACUUCUCCCAUGUGUACGGGAUCUCGCAACCGAUUCAAGUCAACAUGUCAGAGCUUCCUUGGCUAUGCAAAUCUCAGGAUUGGCUCCUCUACUCGGUACUGACUCGACGGUGGAAAACCUUUUACCAUUGUUCUUGCAACUGUUGAAGGAUGAUUUCAGUGAUGUUCGAUUGAACUUGAUUGGUAAACUUGAUAUGGUCAAUGAGGUUAUCGGUAUUGAACGAUUAUCCCAAGCACUCUUACCUGCCAUUAUGGAAUUGGCUGAAGACAAACAAUGGAGAGUCCGACAAGCUAUCAUUGAAUACAUCCCCUUGUUAGCCCAGCAACUGGGUGUACAGUUCUUUGACGAUAAAUUAGGUCAACUUUGCAUGUCAUGGUUGGGAGAUACCGUUUUCUCCAUCAGGGAAGCAGCCACGAUCAACUUGAAGAAAUUGACAGAUGUGUUUGGCGUGGAAUGGGCCAAAUCGACAAUUAUACCUAAAGUACUUGAGAUGGGUGAUCAUCAGAAUUAUCUGUAUAGGAUGACGACCAUCUUUGCUAUUACUACAAUGGCCCCAUCGCUCAACGUCCCAAUCAUCAGAGAUACUGUUUUGGAAUCAGCUCUGAAUCUAGCCAAUGACCCUAUCCCCAAUAUCCGAUUCAACGUCGCCAAGUGUCUCGAAACCUUGGCUGCCGUCUUGGCUACCACCCCCGAAGGACAGGAGAUCAUCUCUCGAAAAGUCAUUCCUGCUUUGAAGAAGUUGCAGGAGGAUAGUGAUGCGGAUGUGAGAUUCUUCGCUACCAAGGCUUUUGAGAGGACUGCGGGUGAUAAUGGGGAACCAAUGGGUGGGUCCGAUGACUAA